CGCGCGCCCUGAGGCGCCGCUGCCGCCAUGGCCGCGCACGGGCUAGAGGACAAGCUGACCUGCUCCAUCUGCCUGGGGCUCUUCCAGGAGCCGGUGACGCUGCCCUGCGGCCACAACUUCUGCAGGGCUUGCAUCCGGGACUGGGGGGGCCGCUGCGACAAGGCGUGCCCCGAGUGCCGGGAGCCCUUCCCCGACGUGGCCGAGCUGCGCCGAAAUGUGGCGCUCAGCGCCGUGCUCGAGGUGAUGCGCGCCCGGCCCGCCCCGGCCCCCGGCUCCGACCCUGCCGCGACCCCCGGCGCCGCCCCGGCCCCUGGCCCCGGCCCGGGCGCGCGCUGCCCCCGACAUGGGCGGCCACUCGACCUCUUCUGUCGCACCGAGGGUCUCUGCGUUUGCAGCGCGUGCACCGUGAACGAGUGUCGCCUCCACGAGCGGGCGCUGCUGGACGUCGAGCGUCGGGAGCGCGAGGCCCAGCUGAGAGCCAUGUUGGAGGUCACCCAGCAGCAGGCCACGCAGGCCGAGAGCCAGCUAGAGGAACUGCAGCGGCAAAGCAGCCAGAUCCAGAGCUCAGCCCAUACCCUGGCCUCCGCCAUCUCUGGCAAGUUCAGCUGCCUGCUCCAGGCCCUGGAGAUGCGACGGGCCCUGGCCCUGGAGGACAUCAAGGCGGCCAAGACACAGGCCCUAGCGCAGGCCCAGGAUACAGAACAACAACUGCGGAGCCACCUGGAAGCCCUGUCUCGUUAUGACCGCAGGGUCCGAGACGUCCUGGAACACUUGGAUGACCGGACCUUCCUCCAGGAAUCCCAGCUCCUGGCACCCCCGGGGCCUCUCAGGCCUCUGACUCCUCUGCGGUGGGACGGAGAGCAGCGGCUGGCCAGCCUGAAGGAGUCUCUGAGCCGGCUGUGUGGCCUCCUGCUAGAUGAGGGGGGCCCCUGCAGGGCACCAGUGGAGGCCGCCAAUUUGGGCCCCGUGGAGGCCCCAGGUCCCCUGGCACCAGUCCCAAGCCCAGUGUGUCCACUGAGGAGGAAACUCUGGCAGAAUUAUCGAAAUCUGACCUUCGAUCCAGACAGCGCCAAUCGCCACCUCUACUUGUCUCGGCAGGACCAGCAGGUAAAGCACCGCCACAAGCCCCGGGACCUGGCCGGGCCAAGCAGCUUCGAGCUCUGGCAGGUGCAGUGUGCCCAGAGCUUCCAGAGCGGGCGACACUACUGGGAGGUGCGGGCAUCUAACCACUCAGUGACCCUGGGCGUCGCCUAUCCAGAACUGACGCGGCGCAAGCAGGGGCCCCACACAGACAACAUUGGGCGUGGGCCAAGCUCCUGGGGGCUCUGUGUUCAGGAGGACAGGGCGCAGGCUUGGCAUAACGGGGAGGCCCAGCACCUCCCAGGAGUGUCAGGGCGGCUCCUGGGCAUGGAUUUGGACCUGGCCUCUGGCUGCCUCACCUUCUACAGCCUGGAACCCAAGGCCCAGCCUCUGCACACCUUCCAUGCCAUCUUCACCCAGCCCCUCUACCCUGUCUUCUGGCUCCUGGAGGGUAGGACCCUGACCCUGUGCCAUCGGCCUCAGGCCAGGCUCCCUCCAGAGCUCCAGGAAGAGGCCUCGAGCCCAGCGGAGGAAGGCACAGGGUGAAGCUCUGGGCCAGGAACAGGUGCCACCGUGCUUGUAUGCCCAAGAGCUGCCCAGCCCCUAGCUUGGGGGCCUGAGGCCACAGCUAUAAUGGGACCAGCUUUUGGCCACAAGAUUGACUCAGGAGGAGGCCGGGCCACUUGGAAAGAGAGAUUGGGAGGAUGCCCCCAAAAUGGAGUUCACUUUUUCCAACAUUAUGGAAGGGCACGGGGACUAGGAAGGGACUAAAACAAGGACCCUGCCUGAGGAGAGCGCACUUCUCGGCGCUGCCUGGGCCUCAGAGGUGGGUGCAGCGCCUGUGGGCUCCUGGGGCUGCAGGAGAGCUUGUGCAGUUGGGGCCUCACCCACGCUGCCAUGCAAACACCCCGCAGCCGCUUGCCUCCCAUGCAGGUGACGUAGAUCAUAGGCAUUCGGCGGGAGGCGAGGGGGCCCAAAGCACAAGCAAUUCUGGAAGAAACCUAGAGAAAAGUGAUCUUUAUCUCUUUCCUCCCUCUUUUUUUUUCUUAACAAUUUGAUACACCUUAGUCUCUUACACAUCCUUGUGAUUGCAUUUUAUAAACACUUGUGUUUUUCGCAUUCUGUUAUCUAGCAUAGCCAUUUCUCACGGGAUUAAUAUUUUUUCCUGCACCACUGCAAUAUAAACAGUCUUUCCAAGGACUAUUAGAAUUUACUUCCCCACUACGGGCAUCUUCCACUUUCCAAAAGUUCAAAUUCUGCCACUUAGCUUUUAUAAAAGACCUAUAUUGGUGUGGUUUCAAGUUUCUUCUGGUUCAUGAAAAGAGGUACGAUUGUAGGACUUUUGUAAAGCACAGUGGCAACGCCGCAAACUUUUGAAGAGCCAGGGAUGCUCGUCCCAGUGUGCUGUUUUUGCUCAUGAAAGAUUUCAUAUCGAACAUUCCAGUUGUUUUAUUUGGGGCUGUAAAAAUGUCACCGCGAUGCAUAUUUUUGAGCAGGAAGCUUUGGCCAUAUCCAUGGCUACAUAUGUAGGCAGAAUUCCCAGCGGAGUUCCUCAACCGAAAAAAAAUGAGGGGCACCUGGGUGGUGCAGUUGGUUAAGCGUCUGACUCUUGGUUUCUGCUCAGGUCGUGAUCUCAGGGUCAUGAGGUGGAGCCCUAUGGGCUCCACGCUCAGUGAGGGGUCUGCUUAAGACUCUCUUCCUCUCCCUCUGCCCCUACCCCCUUAAAUAAAUAAAAUCUUUAAAAAUAAUAAUGAUGAGCACUUGAAGAUUUUAUUUUUAUACAAAUGGCCAAAAUGAAGCAACCUUGAGUCAGACAGACUCUUCCCCACCCCACCCCCACCAGCCAGCUUAGCUGGACACAGCCUCAGCCCCUGUCACCCCUACCCAGGGUGUGGGGAUUAAAUGCAGUGAUGAGUGCAGGUGCCAGAACAGUGCUGGCUUCCGUUGUUUUUGCUACUCAGGAGAUGCUUUCCUGAAGAUCCCUGGACAGGCAUUUGUGUUUCUGGAACUGGUGCUGCUGGGACCUAAGGCAACUGUAAUUUUGUUACUUAAAACAUUCCACUUCUUGGGCAGCCCAAGUGGCUCAGCGGUUUAGCACCGCCUUCAGCCCAGGGUGUGAUCCUGGAGACCUGGGAUCGAGUCCCAGGUCAGGCUUCCUGCAUGGAGCCUGUUUAUCUCUCUGUGUCUCUCAUGAAUAAAUAAAUAAAAUCUUUUAAAAAGAUUCAACUUUAAAAAAAACAUUCCACUUCUUGACCUGGGUGGUGGUUACAAGGAUGUUGGCCUUAUAACUAUUUAUGCUGUACAUGUAUGUUUUAUAUACUCAGGAAUAAUUAUUUUACAAUAAAUUCUUUAUUUUUUU